AUCGCGAAGGAGUGGAGCGUCUUGAAGGACUCCGUGCCCGACACGAUAUGGUGCCGAGCGUACGAGGAUCGGAUGGACCUGACUCGCGCGGUGCUCGUCGGACCGGCGGGGACGCCGUACCACGACAACCUCUUCGUGUUUGACUUUCACUUCACGCCGUCCUACCCGGCGGAACCCCCGAAGGCGCACUACCACUCGUUCGGGCAGCGUGUGAACCCCAACCUGUACGAGUCCGGCAAGGUGUGCCUGAGCUUACUGCACACGUGGCAAGGGAAGGGCUCCGAGGUUUGGUCUCCGGAGACGUCGAACAUGCUCCAGGUUUUGGUGUCGAUUCAGGGAUUGGUGCUCGUGGAGAAGGCGUACUACAACGAGGCUGGCUACGAGAAACAAGUCGGAAGCGAGGAAGGCGAGCGGAACAACGCCCAGUACGCCGAGCAAGCCUUCCUGGCCUCCUUGAAGACCAUGAUGGGACUGCUUCGAAAGCCUCCGAGGCACUGCGAGGCGCUGAUCCGCGACCACUUCGCCAAGCGAAGGGACGCCAUCCUCGCCGCGUGCGACGCGUACCAGGGCGGAUGCCCCGUCGGCGUGUACGUGCACAGGGGAGCC